AUGGUGAUCUUCACGGCGCACCGCAGGAAGCCUGAGCUGGUGGCGCCUGCUCGAGCGACGGCGCGCGAGGUCAGGUCACUGUCUGACUUGGACAGCUCUCCAGGGCUGCGUCAAUACAUUACUGAGAUCGAGUUCUUCCGGUGCCGUGUCCCCGGAGGUGCGCCCGAGCAACUGGCGAGUUCCCUCAAGGCCGGCCUCGCGGAGGCGCUGGUCUACUACUACCCUGUGGCCGGCCGCCUGCGGGAGGUCCCAGGCAGGAAGAAGCUAGUGGUGGACUGCACGGCGGAAGGAGCGGUGUUCGUGGAGGCGCAUGCUAACGUGCGGCUGGAGGAGUUGAAGAAGCCGCUGGUGCCACCAUACCCUUGCGUUGAGGAGCUCAUGUGUGAUGUGGGCGACCUCACAACUGUCAUCGGCAAGCCGUUGCUCUACUUGCAGAUGACCCAGUUCAGCUGCGGAGGCGUCGUCCUCGCGAUCAGGAUGUGCCACAACGUCGCGGAUGGCUUCGGCAUGGUCCAGAUCCUUAGAUGCAUACUUGACCUAGCACGAGGCCAACCAGUUCCGGCCGUCUUUCCUUUGUGGGAGAGACACCUUCUUGCGUCCUCUCUACCAGAUACUACAUCCGUACCUACGGACAUGGCCCCGGAGAUUUUGCCUACCGAUGAUGCCAAGCCGAUGAAGCCGAAGAUGACCUCAAUGCCACCACAAUUCGACGAAUUGGUGACUAAGUCCUUCCUCUUCGGCGCAAAAGAGAUAACAGCGCUGCGGAGGGGAUUACCAGGGCGACUUGGGAGUUCCUCAACGGUGUUCGAGAUCAUCACAGCGGCCGUUUGGCGAUGCAGGGUAGCGGCCCUAGGGUACGCGCCCCACAAGCAGGUGCGAGUAAUACUCGCCAAAAACGCACGGGGAAGCUGGAAGCGCGAACCCCGGCUCCCGCCAGGGUUCUAUGGCAACGCGGUCUUCGGCGCAACAACGGCUGAUGUUAGCGCCGACGAGCUAUGCCGGGGUUCACUCGCACGCGCGGUGGAGCUGGUGCGCGAGGCCAAGCUCAAGUUCACCGACGAGUAUGCGAUGUCGGUGCUAGACCUCGUGGCAAGGAACGAGUACCGUGGGGCGGACCUGUUCGACGGGGGCUUCGCGGUGUCCGACAUGAGCCGCUGCGGGAAUGACUCGCUGGAACUAGGCGGCUGGGCGGAGUACGCUGGCGGCGGUACGCCAGGGGCCGCGGGUAUGUUGGCGACGCUGUCCAGUAUAUAUGUCAGCUGUAAGGACACCAAAGGCGACGACUGUGUCGCUGUUCCCAUGUGCUUGCCGGAGCUAGCGAUGGUGAAGUUCAUGUCUCAGAUUGCCGCAGUGACCAACAUCUUCGCAAGCAGCUCCAUGUAG